AUGCAAUUCGCUUUUCUGCCAUUUUUCGUUUUCAGUAUCUUCGCCGCUUCAGCACAGGCUUUCAGAUUUGGUUGGUCUAAUAUCACCUGUAAAGGGCUUCACGGUCCACAUUGCGGUACUUAUCUGCUGAAGGUGAAAAAUGAAACCAAUUUAUAUCUUGGUCAAAGUUACUUCGUUCCAGCUGACGUCCUAGCCGAGGGUCCUUCCGCCGCAUGGGGUCGGUUUUUGAGCGAAGAGUAUCGGUUUUUGCCAAGAUUCACUACGAUUCAACCAAUUAAUUCUACCGGCAAUUUCCAACCUUUAAUUGGUACCACAAACUCCGAAUGUAAUUUCCAGUCUAUCGAUAAUGCCGUCGUCCCCUACGUCAACAAAGUCACAAAUGAGUUGUCUUACGAUGCUUUUGCUUACACUAGUUUGAACUCUACUGCUGCUACAGGCGUCGCAAGUCAAUUGCUCAACGCUUCCAUGUGGGGCGUGCAAGUUGCAAGCUGCAGCCCUGGCUUCAUUACUGAUCUUCUGAACGCUCCUACAGUUAACAUCUUCAACAUUGAGGAUGAACUACCUUUUUGGUGUACACCAAUUGAACUUGAGCCCGUUUGUCCACCAAGUGCCGGUAUCGUCUGA